AUGGAGAUUGGGGAAAAAACAAAAGGAGUCAACUUAGGGCGAGUGGCUGUAGUAGGAGCUGGCCCUCUGGGUCUGAUGGCGAUGAAGAACAUGAUGGAGGAUGGGUUUGAUGUGACUGGCUUCGAGAAACGAGGUUAUGUCGGAGGACUUUGGAAGUCGUCAACGGACUCUUCCAUUUCAGUCACAGAGACCACAGUCUUCAACAGCAGUCGAUUUCGAAGCGCCAUUUCUGAUUUUCCCUUUCCUGAAGGCGUCGACGACUAUCCCUCCGCUAAACAAAUCCACCAGUACAUGGAGAGCUAUUGCGAUCAUUUCAAACUGCGGCCUCAUAUUCACCUGAACACCACGGUGAACACAUUCUCUCGAGUUGAUGGAAAAUGGGCUCUGGAAGUCGUGCACGAUGGAUCGAGUCGAAUCGAAUACUUUGACAAACUCCUGACAUGCAGCGGCUCUUUCGUUACACCGAGAAUACCCAAAUUGCAAAAUGUUGAAAAGUUCCAAGGCCCGAUCCUGCAUUCCAUCGAGUUCCCUCACCCUUCUCGCUUCAAAGAUCAGAAUGUCCUCCUGAUAGGGCUUCACGCCACCGCCCAGGAUUUGACGGUGGAACUGUCUCAACACGCCCAAAAAGUGUACAUUGCCCACAAAAAUGGGAUUGUCUUGGUUCCUCGUUUUACGGAAGAUGGCCGUGCGCUCGACCAAGGCCAGAAUCUGUCCUUCUUGUUUUUCCAAGUAUUCAUGACGACCUGGUUUCCGAACUUGUUCAACUGGCUCAUCGACAAGAUUCUCGCCCGCAUGUCCAAGAAGGCUUUUGCCCAUCAACCCGAAGAAUGGAACUUAUCGCCCGCUCCAUCGAUUGCCACGACGUCACCGAUGGUCGCCGAUGCCAUCUAUCCUUUCCUCGAAAACGGGUUUGCCACGCCGAUCUCCCCAGUCAAACAGAUCGUUGGGCCGAAAUCUAUCCAGCUGACUGACGGCCGGGUUCUCGACGACGUCGACACGAUCAUUUACUGCACGGGGUACGACUUCUCUGUGCCGUUCGUUCCAAAGGAGUACAAUCCAUAUCCCGUCGUCGGUGGCCCACCGUCACUCUACCGAAACAUCUUCCCACUCCACCCCGAUCCAGCCGUCCGCAACUCCCUUGCCUUUUUAGGCCAAUGUGGUUUUGCGUUCCCCGGAUUCGUCCAAUUUGAACUGAGCGCCAUGGCCGUGUCACAAAUCUGGCUUGGCAGAUCCCAGCUUCCAUCUCUCGACAAGAUGAAACACUGGCAUCGGGACCAGCUCGCCUGGCGCGAGAGUGUCCUCGCCAGGUCGAAAUUCGACUCCAACUUUUACCCCGUCUUUGUCCCUUUACCGGAUCAAAUGAGGUGGCUCGACGAGACUGCCGGUACAGGUAUAUUCCAGCAUUUUAGUACUUUUAGCUGGAAGUCGUGGCGGUUCUGGUGGAGUGACCCAAAGUUCUACAAACUUUGCGUCAGUGGACUGUUUUCUCCCUCAAUUUGGCGGCUAUUCGACAUGGGAAGGCGGAAACCGUGGCCGGAUGCCAAACGGCAGGUCAUAGAAGAUAAUGAAUAUGCGACGAAAAGGGUCGCAGAGAGACUGGUGGCGAUGAAGAAGUUGGAGGUAGAGCGGAAGCAGAAAUGA